CGGAGUAGCGCGCACAACAUUCACGGUUCCACCACGCUCCAAGAACGUGCUUGGCAAUUGAAUGUCUACGAAGAGCUUAGCGAAUAUUCGCGUUUACUGUCAGAUCGCAAACACGAACGAAACAGAUGGGUCACCAAUUUUCAAACUUGGUAAGAUUUAAAAAACAGCUUGAAUUUUGUUUUCUUCAGAUGAAAGUCAUUUUAGCGACAGUGUGAACAAAACAACUGCUGCAGAAGUUUGAAUUCCAUCCAUCGGUGACUUAUUGGGUUUCUGCUUUGCUACGCUAGUUGAAGACGAUUAAGGUCCCAGGAUGUCUGUGAGCAACCACGAGAACCGCAAGUCCCGCUCCAGCUCUGGCUCCAUGAACAUCCACCUCUUCCACAAGACGUCCCACGCCGACAGCCUGCUGACGCAGCUCAACCUGCUCCGCAAGCGCCGCGUCUUCACCGACGUGGUGCUGCGCGCCGGCAACCGCUCCUUCCCCUGCCACCGCGCCGUGCUGGCCUCCUGCAGCCGCUACUUCGAGGCCAUGUUCAACGGAGGCCUGAGGGAGAGCCGCGACGCCGAGGUCAACUUCCACGACUCCCUCCACCCGGAGGUGCUGGAGCUCCUGCUGGACUACGCCUACUCGGCCCGCGUCCUCAUCAACGAGGAGAACGCCGAGUCGCUGCUGGAAGCCGGCGACAUGCUCCAGUUCCACGACAUCCGCGACGCCUCGGCUGACUUCCUGGAGAAGAACCUGCACCCGUCCAACUGCCUGGGCAUGAUGCUGCUGUCGGACGCCCACCAGUGCCAGCGGCUCUACGAGCUCUCCUGGCGGAUGUGCCUGGCCAACUUCGCCGCCCUCCACGGCACGGAGGACUUCCUCAGCCUGCCCAAGGACAAGCUCCAGGAGCUGAUCUUCAGCGAGGAGCUGGAGGUGGAGGACGAGAGCCUGGCGUACGAGGCCGUCAUCGACUGGGUGAAGGCGGACGGCGAGCGGCGGAGCGCCGACCUCCCGGAGCUCCUGCGCUGCGUGCGCCUGGCGCUGUUGCCCGAGAGCUACCUGCUGAAGAACGUGGCGUCGGAGGAGCUGGUCAUGGGCCACAAGGUGGGCCGGGAGAUCGUGGAGGACGCGGUGCGCUGCAAGAUGAGGCUCCUGCAGAACGACGGCAUCGUCACGGGCUUCUGCGCCCGGCCUCGCAAGGUGAACCAGGCCCUGCUCCUCCUGGGCGGCCAGACCUUCAUGUGCGACAAGGUGUACAUGAUCGACCACAAGACCAAGGAGAUCACGCCCAAGACGGACAUUCCCAGCCCGCGCAAGGAGUGCAGCGCCUGCGCCAUCGGCUGCAAGGUCUACGUGACGGGGGGGCGGGGCUCCGAGAACGGCGCCUCCAAGGACGUGUGGGUGUACGACACGCUGCACGACGAGUGGUCCAAAGCCGCGCCCAUGCUGGUCGCCCGCUUCGGCCACGGGGCCGCCGAACUCGACCACGUCCUGUACGUGGUGGGGGGCCACACCUCUCUGGCGGGCUCCUUCCCAGCGUCGCCGUCUGUGUCCCUCAAACAGGUGGAGCAGUACGACCCGCAGACCAACAAGUGGACGCUGGUCGCUCCUCUCCGAGAAGGCGUUAGCAACGCGGCGGUGGUCGGCGCCAAGAACAAGCUGUUUGCCUUCGGGGGCACCAGCGUCAACAGAGACAAGCUCCCCAAGGUGCAGUGCUACGACCCGGGCGAGAACCGGUGGACUGUGCCGGCGUCGUGCCCGCAGCUGUGGCGCUACACGGCGGCGGCGGUCGUCGGGAACCAUGUGGUCGUGAUCGGCGGCGACACGGAGUUCUCGGCCAGCUCGGCCUACCGCUUCAACAGCGAGACGUACCAGUGGUCCAAGUUCGGCGACGUGACGGCCAAGAGGAUCAGCUGCCACGCGGUAGCUUCUGGAAACCGCCUCUACGUUGUCGGGGGCUACUUCGGGGCGCAGAGGUGUAAGACCCUGGACUGUUACGACCCCUCGACGGACACCUGGGACAGCGUGACCAGCGUCCCCUACUCCCUCAUCCCCACCGCCUUCGUCAGCACCUGGAAGUACCUCUCGGCUUAGCGAGUCACGAGGGCUGGUAGCGGUCACUGAUCGGCGGUGGUGUCUGGAAUGCAGGCGCGCGUCUCUCUUCUGAGUCUGCAGAAUGUUGGGGGGAGGGGGGCAGAGAUAUGUCGUCUCCGCCAACUGGCCUCACGGACGGACAGGAGUCCUGGAGCUGAGUGCCUGAACAAUAACUCACGGUGGAGGAGGAAGACUGUGGACUCACCUUGGGCUGGCCCUGGUCUGACCACUUCCUGGUGUGUCCUGUGUAACUUCCCCAUGUAGUGACUGGUCUGAGCCGCACCACCGUGCCUGGCUUAACUGCUCAGAGAGAGAGAGAGAGAGGGGCUGGAAUGUCUGGCCAGCCUUGGACAGCUAUCUCGGAGGAACCUUCUCUCAGUCUCUUGUCCAACUGUCCCAAGCACAGGAAGUUCUUCUCCGGCCCUGUCCACCCCCGCCACCAGAACCAGGAAGCCAGUCAGCAGAUGACUCCUUUUAUCAACCCCCGGAAGGACCCGUCAUUGAGCCCGCCCCCUGACAGGCUGGUUCAUGUGCCUGGCUGGCUGGUUUAUGUCUGGUUGGCUGACUCGUGGCUGUGGUUGGAUGGUUCUACGCCCUGCCUGUGUGGGGUCAUUGCUGUGCUGCUCAGGUGCUGGAGAGGAACUUCGAAAUGUCUUCUCUGGUUUGGAGUCUGGAGAGUUCAUUCUGGGAAGUGCAUGAUUUUAGUGCACAGAACAAUCUUCCUGGUAUUUUUAGACUUGGACUCCAACUUCCUUCAAUUUUGGUCAACUAAAUUUGUAUCUUCUUCCUCAACUUAACUUGGUCGGCUUAGAAUCUGAACCAUGAUUUGAAGAUGCAUAUUUUGACUAUUUUUUUUUCUUCUCUUUCUCGAAAUAUGUUUGUGUCUGUUUUUGUACCGUGUGUUUAUUUUUAUGUGUGUCUCAGGAUUUAAGUUAUGUAGAGUUCUGAAAUUCCUGUUGAUCGUUUGGUGUCUGCGCUGUUCAUCUCUCCUGUGGCCUCAGAGAUGUUUUGAAAUGUUAAGCUUGAUCUUCUAAAUGUGCUGGGCCAGUGUUUCUGAUGGCUCAUUCAUGCGGAGGGUGACGUUGAAACGUGUUACUGACACAACCACAAUCUCUACAUAACCAACUGAUGCUUUGCCAAAUGACAGCGCACCAACCAUUAGGUUGCCCAUUACCACACAGCACCUGUACACUGAAACAUAUCAGUGUUGCCAAAAAUGGAUACAAAAAAUUACUGUUCCCAGGACUGGAAUGUUCCUGGAUCCUAACUGAUGAUAACACGUACGCAUCUCUAAACAUCUUAGAUAUGUCAUUUUAGACGUACAGUCACAUUUUUUUACUCUUCGGUCUCUGUCUAUUGUUUCAUCUAAUAAGUCCAGCCAUUAAGUGUAAUUAUAACAUUUUGUUUGUUUUGUAGAAGCCUUUGAUUUGCACAUUUGUACAAAGUGAUUGUCUUAAUUUUGUAUUGCUGUCCUAAUGUUCUAGGCUGUGUGGAUAAGCAUAGCCUUUUUGUAGCACACAUUUAAAUUCUGCCUAUUUUAUAGUUAUACAAUUUAGUUAUAUUUCUUUUGAUGUAAGUAAUAAACAGAACCAUUUAGAACCGGUCAUACAGACCACUAGACCUAUCUUGCCAACUGUUACAUGUCUAAACGAUGCUUUUCUACUUUGAUGUGCCAUUUGUUACGAAACGUAUUACAUUGUACAUUUUUCAAUAAAUCUCAUCUGGGUGCAAAACUUAA